AUCUUGUUCCAUUGAUUUUUCUUUUUUUUUAGGCAAAAAAUGGCUUCCUGUCUCAUCUUCUCGCCCACAGCCUGAAGGAAUAAAAGAUAUGCGAACGUCGCUCCCUUCCGAUGGCGGACGCCUGGCCGUAGUUAGCAGACAUGCCAGUUGUUGACCACGCGACAUUACCCUUUUCUCGCGUAUUGUCCUCCAUCGACUGAGAAAACCGAAAAUGAUGCAUCACGUGACCUGUGGCAGCAGCAGCGACUACUGUAUGAGUGGACCUGCAGAGGACUCUCACCCUGCAAGCUGUUUUGAUCUAUACAGCCUCCAGUCCAACAAGUUCUACCCAACAACGUCUGGGUUGCACCUGUCGCUCGCAGGCUUGGCCCCUUUGCCACAGAGCAUGCACAAGGGGAUGAUGCCAGCUCAGUUCCACGAUACCCAGAAUCCCUUUCAUCUUCAGCCUCUGAGAACCAACACGGAGGCGGCUGCAGGCGCCAAGAAAAACACAGCUAAAGGGAAGUCGGGGAAGAGAGGCAGGCCGCCGGGGACCACGAAGUUAGCAGGCUACCGCACCAGUACUGGGCGUCCACCCGGGACCACGAGGGCCGCUGGCUUUAAAACCAGCCCCGGCAGGCCUGUGGGUACAACCAGAGCUGCGGGGUAUAAGGUGAGUCCUGGCCGGCCCCCGGGUAGCGUCAAGAGCCCGGCUCGGCUCAAGGUGCAGGAACACGGGGGCGAUGCUGCCAAGAAACUAGACUUCAGCAUCUGCACCAGUCCUAACAAACUGGAAUUCACCGCCUGCGAUGUUCCGCUGCUUGACUAUUCCAUGCUGGAGAAGAGAGACUUGUGUGGGCCUCUUGUUAAAGCGGCCGACACCAACUAGCCAACCGCUGAAGAGUCCUGACCAUAUUGUCACUGUGCAUCGGAGGUGGGCGAUACCACAGUCAUUGGGAUCGAUAUAAUACCAGACAAUAUCGCCGAUACUUUUUACUCUGACGUUUUUCCAAGAUCACCGAAUGAUUUUGUGAUGUUUACCUUUCUUUUGUCAAUCAUGAUUACAGUACGAAUAAUUUAGGCAAACACGUAAAUAUAGUUGUAUUGACACACUUAUAGGUGGAACAAAUUGACAUUUAAAGGCCUACUGAAAUGAGAUUUUCUUAUUUAAACGGGGAUAGCAGCUCCAUUCUAUGUGUCAUACUUGAUCAUUUCGCGAUAUUGCCAUAUUUUUGCUGAAAGGAUUUAGUAGAGUCAAGGCGUUGAGGGGUUCCGGUUUGGUGACCGCAGGAUUAGGUCUCUGCUUUUUGCAGAUGAUGUGGUCCUGAUGGCUUCAUCUGUCCGGGAUCUUCAGCUCUCGCUGGAUCAGUUUGCAGCCGAGUGUGAAGCGACCGGAAUGAGAAUCAGCACCUCCAAGUCCGAGUCCAUGGUUCUCGCCCGGAAAAGGGUGGAGUGCCAUCUCCGGGUUGGGGAGGAGACCCUGCCCCAAGUGGAGGAGUUCAAGUACCUAGGAGUCUUGUUCACGAGUGAGGGAAGAGUGGAUCGUGAGAUCGACAGGCGGAUCGGUGCGGCGUCUUCAGUAAUGCGGACGUUGUACCGAUCCGUUGUGGUGAGGAAGGAGCUGAGCCGGAAGGCAAAGCUCUCAAUUUACCGGUCGAUCUACGUUCCCAUCCUCACCUAUGGUCAUGAGCUUUGGGUCAUGACCGAAAGGAUAAGAUCACGGGUACAAGCGGCCGAAAUGAGUUUCCUCUCCCUUAGAGAUAGGGUGAGAAGCUCUGCCAUCCGGGAGGAACUCAAAGUAAAGCCGCUGCUCCUUCACAUCGAGAGGAGCCAGAUGAGGUGGUUCGGGCAUCUGGUCAGGAUGCCACCCGAACGCCUCCCUAGGGAGGUGUUUAGGGCACGUCCAACCGGUAGGAGGCCACGGGGAAGACCCAGGACACGUUGGGAAGACUAUGUCUCCCGGCUGGCCUGGGAACGCCUCGGGAUCCCCCGGGAAGAGCUAGACGAAGUGGCUGGGGAAAGGGAAGUCUGGGUUUCCCUGCUUAGGCUGUUGCCCCCGCGACCCGACCUCGGAUAAGCGGAAGAAGAUGGAUGGAUUUAGUAGAGAACAUCGCCGAUAAAGUUCGCAACUUUAGGUCGCUAAUAAAAAAGCCUUGCCUUUACCGGAAGUCGCAGACGAUGACGUCACGAGGGUGAGGGCUCCUCACGUCCUCACAUUGUUUUUAAUGGGAGCUUCCAGCAGAAAGAACUAUUCCGACCGAGAAAACGACAAUUUUCCCAUUAAUUUGAGCGAGGAUGAAAUAUUCGUGAAUGAGGAUAUUGAGACUAAAGGACUAGGAGAAAAAAAAAAGGCGAUGUUAUUACACACAUUUACUAUGAUAAUUCUGGAAAAUCCCUUAUCUUCCCAUAGUGUUAGUGUUUUAGAGGGAUUAAAUUGUACCUAAAGUCGAAGGGGUGUGGUACGUGUGUUGACUCAAGAGUCUCUGUGGCAAGUCACGCUGCUGGAAACUCCGCUCGUGUCGCCGGUAAGAGCAAACUUAUUACCACAAUUUUCUCACCGAAAACUGCUGGUUGACAUUUGGUCGGGAUCCAUGUUCGCUUGACUGCUCUGAUCCAUAGUAAAGCUUCGCCUUCGGGAAUUUUAAACAAGGAAACACCGCCGACAGUGUUUGUGUGGUUAAAGGAUAAAAGCUCCCACCUCCAUCUUUCUACUUUGACUUCUCCAAUAUUAAUUGAACAAAUUGCAAAAGAGUCAGCAACACAGAUGUCCAGAAUACUGUUUAAUCAUGUGAUUAAAGCAGACUACUUAUAGUUUGGAUCGGGCUGGAAAAUAAUGAACCUGAGACGUCAAACGACGCGUCAUCAUACUGCGACGUUUUCAACACGACACUUCGCGGGAAAUUUAAAAUUGCAAUUUAGUAAACUAAAAAGGCCGUAUUAGCAUGUGUUGCAAUGUUAAUAUUUCAUCAUUGAUAUAUAAACUAUCAGACUGCGUGGUCGCUAGUAGUGGCUUUCAGUAGGCCUUUAAUUCAACAAUAUAAGGCAGUCUAGCAAUAUAAACAAAAUAAUGCAUUGUAUCAAUUUUAUUAUGUACAAUUGAGUGACAACAAAAGCAAAAAUUGCUAUUGGCUCUUCAAGUUCGUGUAGAAAACAUAUUCACUUACAUUGUAAUCAACAUAAAUAUUAGUGCUGUCAAAUGAUAACAUUUUUAGUCAAAUUAAUCCCCAAUUUUAUAUUUGGAUUAAUCACAAUUUAUUACUUGCUUGCAUAAUUUAAACUUUAAAAAGACCCCAAUACUUGGACACACAUGCCAUUUUAUUGUAAGAAUGUCACACAGAUUUUGUCUAAUAUUUUACUUGAUGGCCCGGCAUGAUCCUAUGUCUUUAUUUACAAAACAUUACAAAAGUCCAUACACUUAACAACUGUAUAUGAUUUGUAAGUUCUCCCAGGAAGCUGUAAUAGCUUAUAAGCAGGGGUCCCAAUACAGUACAUGUAAGAUAAUAAGGUACAGCAUUAGUAACAUUUCCACAUUCUUAGAUCCUUAACCAUUUCCUAAAUCAUUUCAUACAUCCUUAAAGUUCCAACGUGUACUCUUGAAUUAAUUUUUUUGGUAGUUGGUAGCCUAGCACAUUAUAAAUUGCCAAUAAUAUGCAUUUCUAUUUCAGUAGGCCUUCUAUAAUGAUGGAUGUUCAAUAAUUAACGUUGUAUCUAAAGUCCAGUCAGGGUGUUUUUUUUACAACAGUGGUUCUCAAACUUGGCUUCACGGUGGCAGAGGGGUUAGUGCGUCUGCCUCACAAUACGAAGGUCCUGCAGUCCUGGGUUCAAAUCCAGGCUCGGGAUCUUUCUGUGUGGAGUUUGCAUGUUCUCCCCGUGAAUGCGUGGGUUCCCUCCGGGUACUCCGGCUUCCCCCCACUUCCAAAGACAUGCACCUGGGGAUAGGUUGAUUGGCAACACUAAAUUGGCCCUAGUGUGUGAAUGUGAGUGUGAAUGUUGUCUGUCUAUCUGUGUUGGCCCUGCGAUGAGGUGGCGACUUGUCCAGGGUGUACCCCGCCUUCCGCCCGAUUGUAGCUGAGAUAGGCGCCAGCGCCCCCCGCCACCCCGAAAGGGAAUAAGCGGUAGAAAAUGGAUGGAGGGUUCUCAAACUUUUUUUUACCAAGUACCACCUCAGAAAACACGUGGCUCGCCAAGCACCACGAUAAUGACGUACAUGAAAAUACAGUAGCGUAGUAGGCCUAAAUAAUCAUUAAAAACAAGGCAGAGGUUUUAUUUAACAAGGAUAUUCAAUAUGUUUGGCCACAUUACACACAGUUUGAACAGUAACACUGUUUGAAUAUUUAAACAAGUGAUUAUUUGGCAUACCACUAUCGAUGGAGCCCACGUACCACAGUUUGAGAAUCACUGUUUUAGAGUGAAAUUCACCAGCGAGCACAAGAGUCGGAGUCUCUUCACUUAUCUUUGUACUGACCGUGUAACACCCUUUUGUGUAACCAUCCACAGUUACGGUAAAAGGUCCAUUUAAUGGCUUGAUUCAUCUGCGUCUAUACAUGAUUAACGCACUAUUUUUUUUAUCAUUAAUCUCAUGAGUUUACUCUGUUUUUGACAGCCCUUAUGAAUACAUAUUUGAACAUAUGUAAAAAUAAUAAUAAAAUAAACAGAAGACAACAGAAAAACAUCGAUGGCAUCGUCAUCCAAUACAUUUUGAUAUCCAUAUUUGGAUCGAGCCGCCCACCUUGAAGUGCAGUCUUGUUGACGUGACCAAAGUCCCUUUCACAAACAUGCACUCGGCAGCAUGUUGUCAAUGUAUUGUUCAACACCUCGGCACAUUGGACCAAGAUCUCUUUCACUUUUUUUUUUACAUGUUUUACUAUUAACUCUCAUCACCACUGACUGUGUUAGUAUGUGGUUAUUACGUCUUGCAAAUAUUACUCACACUUGGAGAGAUCAUCCAGGAGGGAUCCAGAGUCGGACAUCCAUUUUCGGACACAUCACAGGGACGAUGUCCCACAGCCCAGUGGGACUAGAGGAGGUGGGCUGGGGGAAUUUGAAGCACCCCAACUGAAACUGCAGAAGAAAAUGGAUGGAUGAAUGACACGUUUCUCUCAUCUUUUGUAGUUGUAUUUUUAUUUUUUAAAACGCUCCUGUAUUGGAUCCCAUGUCAUAAUGUUGUAGCUGAUACAGUAUGGAGGAUGUCUGGUGGGAUACAUUGUUGUAUUGGUGUUCUCGUGCGUGUUAGUUUGAGCCAGUUUAAUAAUAAAACACAUUGUUUACUCUUGAAUAUGAACUCCGUUAUGUGUCAAUCACUUAAAGUUUAUGUUACUGGAUUUGAAAAUAAAUUAAUGAAAUCUU